AUGAUAGCUGCCAGCCGUAUUGAGACAGUGCUGAUUCAGUGUUUCGUAACAGCCUCUGACCGGGCCUGCCUUCCUGGCUACGUUAACCAAGUAUUUAACGACACUUAUGGUGAAUGCACAGAUGUUAACGAAUGCAUUAAUAGUAGCAUCAGCACGUGUGGUCUCCAUCAGCAUUGCGUAAAUACGGCAGGUAGCUAUAAAUGUGACUGCGACAGCGGGUGGCAUGGUAGCAAUUGCACGGAGGACAUUGAUGAAUGCAACAACCCAAACACCUGUAAUUCUCAUCAACACUGUGUCAAUACCCGUGGUAGUUUUCACUGUGAUUGUUACAGCGGUUGGGAAGGAUCUGCUUGCAACGACGACACAAAUGAAUGCAAUAUUGCGAAUGUUUGUAACUUACAUCAGCACUGUCUCAAUACGGCUGGCAGCUAUCAUUGUGAAUGUGACAAUGGCUGGACGGGAUCGGACUGUGGCGUUGACAUAGAUGAAUGUAAAAAUACCAAUAAUUGUACCGGUCUCCAAAUAAGGUGCGUGAACAACCAUGGCAGUUAUCAUUGUGAAUGCAUUCCAGGCUGGGACGGAGAGAUUUGCAGAGCCGACGUAAAUGAAUGCGCAAAUGCAAGUAUAUGCGGACCACACCAACGCUGUAUGAAUACCAUCGGAAGUUACAGCUGUUACUGUGACAUUGGCUGGACGAGCGUCAACUGCACUGAUAGUGACGAAUGUUUAAACGCAAGCAUUUGUGGACAGCAUCAAAUAUGUGUGAAUACUGACGGUUGCUUCAAAUGUGACUGCUACACGGGUUGGGAGGGUCUCAACUGCUCUGUUGAUAUUGAUGAAUGUAUAAAUGCAAGUAUAUGUGGAGCUCAGCAACAUUGUUUGAAUGCUGCUGGUAGCUAUGUCUGCGAUUGUGACCUAGGCUGGGUGGGGGAUGCUUGCACCAUUGAUAUUGACGAAUGUACAAACGCAAGUAUGUGUGGAAAACACCAACUCUGCAUGAAUACGGCCGGAAGCUUCAGAUGUGACUGUGACAUUGGCUGGGAGGGCGUCAACUGCAAUGAUACUGAUGAAUGCACCAACACCAGCACAUGCGGGAAGAAUCAAACAUGCGUGAAUACUGACGGAAGUUUCAGGUGUUACUGUGAAAUAGGUUGGGAGGGUGUUAGCUGCUCUUUUGACAUUGAUGAAUGUACAAAUAAGAAUAUUUGCGGACCACAACAACAUUGCAUGAAUACCGUCGGUAGCUUCAGAUGCGACUGUGACGUUGGAUGGGAGGGCGACAACUGCUCGAUUGAUAUUGACGAAUGUACAAAUGAAAGUAACUGUGGAAAACACCAGCACUGUGUCAAUAGUAUCGUUGUAACUGUCUUAGAGGUUGGACUGGAGACCAUUGUCAAUUUGAGACCGGAGAUCCGCAGGAAUGUAUGCCAGGUUGGACUCUACCGAGAUUGCCAAUGCCAAUACGGAUGGCAAGGACAUGAUUGUGCAGCUGAUGUAGACGAAUGCAUGACUUUCAAUUGCAAGAACAACGGGUCGUGUAUAAAUACAAAUGAAUCGUUUAGUUGUCAAUGUCAACAUGGUUGGGGUGGUUUUAAUUGUGCAGACGAUGUCAACGAAUGCUCUGCAAGUUCCUGUAAUAGCAACGAAACGUGUAUAAAUACAAAUGGUUCGUUCCGCUGCCAGCUUUAUGAAAGUUAUUUACACCGGGACGAAAUUGUUGUUGAUUUGAUUGACCAAUCAAAUAUGACUGAUAAAGAUGUUAGUGUUGUUCCUGUCAAUGAACGUAUAUACAAUCAAACAAAUACGACCUCAGGGUCGCCAGCGAAUAAGGACAAAACAUUGUUUAAAGAAAAAAUCGGCAUUGCAAUGUUCAGUGCAGGAUCUGCCUUUGGAACCAUAAUGCUAAUAGUUGGCAUUAGAAUCGCAUAUAUCACCCUAAAGUCAAGACGAGUCGCUCCGACAGACGCUUGAGGACACCACCUGAGACGAACAAAUCAUUACAACCAUUUUCAUCAUAUAUAUUGCUUUUUCAUUUUGAAAAAACUAAUUUAAAUAU